AAUAUUUCUAUUUUCGAUCAGGCAGAUGUUAAGGCAGCUAUUGAGGCAAACAUGGCCGCCGCCGGAGGGAAGUCGGUUUUGUUCGUGUGUCUGGGGAACAUCUGUAGGUCUCCGAUCGCUGAGGCCGUCUUUCGGAAGAUGGCCACAGACGGUGGAGCGGUGGACAAGUGGGUUAUAGAUUCCGGUGCCACAUCAGAUUGGAACAUAGGCAGCCCUCCGGAUGACCGUGGUCUUGCCUGCCUCAAGAAACAUGGCAUUGAUACAGAUCACAGGGCACGACAGGUGACGAAAGAGGAUUUUGCGACAUUCGAGUAUAUUCUCUGCAUGGAUGAGAGCAACUUGAGAGAUCUGAACAGGAAAGCGAACAGCGUAAAGAACUGCAAAGCCAAAAUCGAGCUGCUCGGCUCAUACGAUCCUGAAAAACAACUGGUGAUUCAAGACCCCUACUACGGAAACGAGCAGGACUUCGAGAGGGUGUAUGAGCAGUGUGUACGGUGCUGCAGAGUCUUCCUGGAGAGAAACUCCUAACGCACAGUCGUCCGUGUCGCCGUUUUAUCCUGUCACAUAUUAGUGCAACAGAUUGCACUAAUGGGUUUUACACACACACCUACUGUGAGAGAGACAUGUCUUAAUGAAAAGAUAAAAUUUAUUAGCAUGUGGUUUGUGUACAUGUUCUAAGAAGCUGCUUUCAACAUGCUGACGACUUCUUCACCUGAAGGGAUGGAAAAAAAAAACACCAAUAAACCAGAUAAGUGGACGUAAAAA